GUCCUCUAUUUUCAAAAGAAAAAUGCAGAUGAAAAAAUAGUAGAUGAAGGUGGGAUUGGGAACAGCUUCCCCAUUCCAUUUAUUUGGAGAUGGAGACAAAAGACGACGGAUUAAUGGUCGUCAUGGCACAUAGACCCCAUCUCUCUUGCUAUUAAAUUAGUCCACCGAUACUAUAUAUUUGUUCUAUAUAACACCAGUCGCUACAAGUCAGCUACUUCUGCAACCACCAAAAUAACUCCAUCACAUGCAGCUCCCAUUUGCUCUGGCACAUAAUGCUACCACCUGUGUAUUAAUGACUCUCAACUACCAAGUCCCCUCUCAUUCAAAAAACAGAGAACAGCUUCAUUGUGGUUCUGAGUCUUUCAGGUGUAUGUAGAAAGGAAAAGAACUUCUCUAGCAAAAUUUUUGAAAUUUAUAGAAUUUUCUUACCCACAUGCAAGAUUUUUUUUAUUUAUUUUUUUUUCUUUUGUUUUAAAUGCUGGCAAACUAAUUUAAGAACCCCCAUUAAUAUCCACAACUCCCAACUCCUCCUUCAAGAGCACCACCACUAAGGUCAAUCUUAGUACCGCUAUAAGGUCUAAUUCAAAGUUCAAAGCCUCAAACAGCGUUGUUAGUGGAAAUGGAUAUCUGCAAUAUGAGAGGAGCUUUGAUUUUGGUGUUUGUAUGUGCACUUGUGAAUGGAGGCAAUGCGCAGGAAUCAACUACUCUAGUUCCGGCCAUCAUUACUUUUGGUGACUCUGCUGUAGAUGUUGGGAACAAUGACUACCUUCCCACCAUUUUCAAGGCUAAUUACCCUCCUUAUGGAAGGGACUUCAUCAAUCAUCAACCUACUGGGAGGUUUUGCAAUGGUAAACUAGCUACUGACAUCACGGCUGAAACUUUGGGCUUCAAGACUUAUGCGCCGGCAUAUCUUAGUCCACAGGCAUCAGGUAAAAACCUACUUAUUGGAGCCAACUUUGCUUCAGCUGCAUCUGGUUAUGAUGAGAAAGCGGCAAUCUUGAACCAUGCAAUUCCGUUGUCCCAGCAGCUAGAAUAUUUCAAGGAAUACCAGACAAAGCUGGUCAAGGUAGCUGGUGCUAAGAAAGCAGCAUCCAUUAUCAAGGAUGCAAUAUACAUAUUGAGUGCUGGUAGUAGUGACCUUCUUCAGAACUACUAUGUCAAUCCUCUGCUUAACAAAGUCUACACGUUUGACCAGUAUUCCUCCUACCUUCUUGGUUCACUCACAAGUUUUAUUAAGGAGUGGUAUAGGUUGGGAGGCAGGAAAAUUGGGGUGACUUCACUCCCUCCAUUGGGUUGCCUUCCAGCUGCAAGAACCUUGUUUGGUUUUCAUGAGAGUGGAUGCAUCUCUAGGAUCAACACCGAUGCCCAAGGAUUUAAUAAGAGGAUCAGCUCUGCUGCAACAAGUCUUCAAAAGCAAUACCCUGAUCUUAGAGUUGUUAUCUUUGACAUUUUCAAGCCUCUUUAUGAUGUUGUUAAGUCUCCAUCCCAAUAUGGAUUUACUGAAGCAACAAGAGGUUGCUGUGGUACAGGGACUGUAGAGACAACAUCAUUCUUAUGCAAUUCCAAAUCAAUAGGAACUUGUCCAAAUGCGACUCAGUACGUAUUUUGGGACAGUGUGCAUCCAUCUCAAGCAGCUAAUCAGGUUCUUGCCGAUGCACUGAUUGUCCAAGGCAUAGCUCUCAUUGGAUGAUGAUGAUGAUGAUAUACAGUUUUUUUUUUUUUUUUUUUUGGGGGUCAGACGGUCCAAGACCUUGCUACUAUUUACUUGUCAUAAUAAUCAUGUGGUUCAUAAAAUUUGUUCUGUUUGAAGAUAUGGGUGAGCUUCCUUUGAUUAAAGGGUUUAGAAAUACUGGUUAAGUUUAUUAAUUAUCAGAAUGCUUUGGUAUAAUUUGUGUAGAAAGAUGUUUAUUAUUUAAGCAACAAAUAUGUAAAAGUCAAAAUGAAAUUUUCGAUUGGCAUUAACUUUGUAAUGAAAAUGAAAGUUGUGAGAA